CAGCAUGGCACUAGAAAGGAGGAGGUCACAACGGAGACAAGUACGAGAGAAACCAAUUAACAAAUGCAGAAUAUACUGUAGAAGAUUAAGUGCAUUUUUAUUUUCUCAUUUGGGAUUAACUUCUCUAGUUAUUUGUUAUACAAUUGUAGGUGCAAUUGCAUUUAAUCGUUUGGAAAUUAACAACGAAGAAGAACUAGUGCUGAAGAUGAACAAAGAGAGCCAAAAUGUUGUGUUACGUUUAUGGGGAGUCACCGUUGCUUUUAAUAUCUUACACAAACAAAACUGGACCAAAUCUGUCGAAGAUGAAAUUAGAAUCUAUCAGGGUAAGUUAGUAGAAGCUGUCAAAGGUGGUUACGAUGCUCAAGAAAAUGGAAGAAAUCAGUGGUCGUUACCGGGUGCGUUUCUCUACUGUCUUACGGUCAUCACUACGAUAGGUAAGUAACGUGUAGAAUGAUUUAAAUUGAUUAGAAAUAAAAAUUUAUACAUUAAUUUCUAAGAAUAAACAUUGUGUGAAACUCUUAACAAAUUUUAAAAUAACAGAAAAGUUAUUUUUAGUCAUCCCUAUACGACUUCCAAGGGCGGAAACCUCCCACGCGCGCAUUGUAAAUAAUAACUACGAUGUCACUUGACUGAUAUUUUAAAUAUAAACUUUAAAACUUUUAGAACGAUAAAGUAUAUUUUUAAUUAUUCUAAUUAAUUGCAACUGGUACUUAAAGUAUAA